AUGAUCGGAAACGUUAUCGAUGUGAACGACUGCGGUGCCAAGAAAAGCAGUGAGUUUUUUAUUUUAAUCUUUUAAAGCCAAAAUUUAUCUUUUAAAGCCAGUUUCUGCUUUUUAAAGGAUCCUGUACUAUUUUAAAGAACUAUUAAAGAAAAAAUAAUCGUUUUUACUGUUGAUUUGCGUCGAUCCAAGACAAUAUUUUGAACCAAUUAUGAAACUUUUAAACAAAAUGCACUUUUUUUUUUAGUGAAUUCGACCUGAAUUUCUGCAAAAGUAAGCAAUAUUUAGGAUUUCUUUGCGAAUUAAUUAUUUGUUUUUCAUUAUUGGUUUAAACAAAAUUUCUCUAAUUUCACUACAAAAUUUUCAAAUUUGUAGUCUCUUUUGCAUGAUCGUUAAUUGUUAAUUAUCUGCAGCAAAAAGAAAAGAUUUGUAGUAUUAUUUAUAAACCUUUAUAAGUCUUCCCCAUAGAAAGUAUUGAAAGCGCGCCAAAAGAUAAGCCUAACAAAAAGAGAAAUAAAUAAUCCGCAGCGGAUUACGGUGACAAGUUAUAAAUGUACAUAGUUUUCAUUAUCCCGGAUUUUCAGUGAAACGACUUACUUGCCGAAAAUGCGAAGGUCACGGCGUCGUUUCGAUACUCAAAGGUCAUGCCGUCGACUGCGCCUUUAAAAAUUGCCAGUGUGGCACGGUAAGUCUUUUUUGAGCUCUGAAAAUUAUUUUUAGUACAAAAAAACUUUAACUUGCUCUCCAUGAGUUCAAAUUAAGAAAAAGCCCACCAGAGGCAUAUUUUGGUAGUUGAGUUUGAUCAGACUUGCCAAGUCAAAAAAGGAAAGAUUUGAGUUAACAUUACCGCUUCAAGUUCUGAAAUAAAGAUGUCCCAAGCCCAUCAAAAACUGCUGCGUCUAGAAAAAAUUUUGGUGCAGUUUGAAAAGAUAGACCUAAUCAAACUAUAUCUCAAAACAUCUUUUCCACACCAAAAUACAUUACUAAGUCGCAAAUUUGCAGUGCACUUCCGUGAUGAGCAUGCGAGCAAACGCGCUAAUUCGCCGCUUCCGACACCGACGGCCAGACCAAUCGACGGCCGUUCUGAAGACGAUCCGCUCGAAGAACGGAAACAUGCGUCUGCGGAUAGUUCCGAAGGCGGGCAAGGCCGACGAACUCAGUGGAACCACCAUCACCUACGACGAGAUCCGCGGCCGAGCCUACGCCGCCGCGACGACGACGACGCCUGCGACAGCUCUGGACGCCUACUCGAAUGCCUCGUCACCGGCCUCGUUCGCCACGACUUCCACGCCUUCUUCUUCUCUCUCGCAGUCGCCAGCUCUACAGAUGCCGUUGGCGUCGCCGACGUUGGCAGUGGAGCCGGUCUCACACAUCCUUUCCACCGACUACUACACCUUGCUUCAGACUGCGUGAGUCUUACAAGGAAUUCUGAAUGAAACUAGAAAUAUUAGGCUAGGAUUUUGACGCUGAUUCAGAACCUGUGUUCAAAAACUGACUAGGAAAAAGUUAAGAUGGUACAAAUUAUGAAAAACCAAGGCCUUGCUGAAAAACCUUGACUUAAUGCUAUAAAAAAACGCUUUUUUGGAUAUUUAAAAGCGUUAAACGCUCUAAGAUACCUUUUUUCCUGACAUGGAUUCUCUUAAGCUCUCACUUAACGAGUUUAAAAAAGAUAAAUCUUGAAAAAAUGGCCUUUCCGUAUCAAAAAUCUCAGAGUAGAUUCAAAACGUCAGAUUGUUAAAAAAAAAUAGGUCUGACAAAAUGAAAACCUACUUCCAGACGUUUUCGAAAAGACGAGAGUGAUCUUUAUUUUCUGUUCCUAGAGCAAUUCCCAUCCCAUAUGACUAAGAAGAACGAAAAUAGACACGAAAAAGCCCGAAGAAAAUGAGUUCAGAAAAACAACGAAGCCAAUUUUCAGGCUUCUGGCGCAGUUGAUCUCGGCGCAGACGACGUCAACCGUUUUGCCGUCCACGUGGCUUCAACUAAACCCUUUGAAUCUGCUCGGCCUGAACGGCCAGGUCGUCUGA